GUGCGGGCGGGGCGUGCCCGGCGCUCCCGAGCGGCGGCCGCGAUCCCGAUCCCGCUCCCGAUCCCGAUCCCGCUCAGUCCCGCGGCCGCGGGGCUGGUGCUUGGGCGGCCCUGGGCGGCACCGCGCCCGGCGCGGGGCAGCAGCAGCAGCAGCAGCACAAGCACAAGCAUAAGCAUAAGCAUGCCGGGCAGCGACACGGCGCUCGCCGUGGACAGGACGUACUCGGACCCGGAGCGGCACCGGCGCCGCAAGACCAGGGUGGAAAGACAUGACAUGAAUACCCUGAGUUUACCACUUAACAUCCGCCGUGGAGGUUCUGAUACCAACCUGAACUUUGAUGUACCAGAUGGGGUCCUAGAAUUUCACAAAGUCAAACUCAAUGCAGAUAGCUUGAAACAGAAAAUCCUCAAGGUUACAGAGCAAAUCAAGGUUGAACAAACAGCUCGAGAUGGAAAUGUGGCUGAGUAUUUGAAACUGGUCAACAGUGCAGACAAGCAACAGGCUGGGCGCAUUAAGCAAGUCUUUGAGAAAAAGAACCAGAAAUCUGCCCACUCCAUUGCCCAGCUGCAGAAGAAAUUGGAACAGUAUCACAAAAAGCUCAAGGAUAUUGAACAAAAUGGAUCUUCCAAAGCUACCAAGGAUACUUCCAAAGAUAACUUGAAAGAUGUUCAACAUGGAAAGUCUCGUAGCACUGGGCACGGAACGGAGAGCAGCAAGUCGGGUGUGCCGGGUGUAUCUUUGACACCACCUGUCUUUGUUUUCAGCAAGUCAAGAGAGUUUGCCAACCUGAUCCGAAACAAAUUUGGUAGUGCAGACAACAUUGCUCAUCUCAAAAAUACUCUAGAUGAAUUUCGGCCAGAAACGAGUUCUAGAACCUAUGGGGGAAGUGCCACCAUUGUUGCCAAACCAAAAUACGUUAGUGAUGAUGAAUGCUCAAGUGGGACCUCUGGAUCAGCAGAUAGCAACGGGAAUACCUCCUUUAGUCCUGCUGUGGCAAGUACCCUGGACAGCCAAGGAAAGCUUUCCAUGAUUUUGGAGGAACUAAGGGAAAUCAAGGAGACACAGUCCCAAUUAGCUGAUGAUAUUGAGAAUUUAAAAACCCAAUUUAAGAGAGACUAUGGCUUUAUUUCUCAGAUGCUACAAGAGGAAAGAUAUAGAUAUGAAAGAUUGGAAGACCAGUUAAAUGACCUCACUGAUCUUCAUCAAAAUGAGACAGCAAACUUGAAACAAGAGCUUGCCAGCAUAGAGGAGAAGGUGGCGUAUCAGGCCUAUGAGCGAUCACGAGAUGUUCAGGAAGCCUUGGAAUCAUGCCAGACCCGUGUUUCCAAACUGGAACUCCAUCAGCAAGAACAGCAAGCACAGCAGUCUGAAACAGUCAAUGCCAAAGUGCUCCUGGGGAAAUGUAUAAAUGUUAUCCUGGCCUUCAUGACUGUCAUCUUGGUGUGCGUUUCUACUAUUGCGAAGUUCAUUGCUCCUAUGAUGAAGAGCCGUUUUCAUAUCAUCUGCACUUUUUUUGCAGUGACACUGCUGGCAAUAUUUUGUAAAAAUUGGGAUCAUAUCAUUUGUGCUAUAGAAAGAAUGAUUAUACCAAGAUGAAGCUGUUGGACUGUCUGGGUUUUUUUUUGGUUUUUUUUUUUUGUUUUUUUUCCCCCCCUCUUUUCUUCCCCUCCCUGUUUUUUAUGCACUAUGUGUAUACAAAUUCUGGUGAAAAUAUAUAAAAGUAUACUUGUUGGCAGUCA